AUGGUACAAAUUGUUGGAAAGUACGAGCAUGAAUCGAGCAAGGGUUUGGAAGAAUACCUUAAAACUGUUGGUGGAGCUGAAAAUCUAGAAGCUUCAAAAGUUUUUAGUCAAGGAAAACCAACGUUUGAAAUCAGUCAAAGUGGUGAUCAUUGGAUUAUUACUGUUUCAAAUGAAGGUAAAAGUUCGACUACUAAAUUUAUCUUAGGAACUCCAUAUGAUGAAACUAUGCCUCAUGGUCUGGUUCUUAAAAGUAUAACCACCCGGGAAGGAGAUAAAUUUGUAACCGUAUCCGAUCUUCCUGAUGGUAAUAAGUCAAUUCGUGUUUAUCAAUUCACUGAUGCUGGUAUCUCUGUUCAUUUAUCGGAGAACAAACAUGGAGUUAAAGCUGAGCGUGUCUAUAAAAGAGUUUAA